UCAUUUCCAAAAUGGCGGCGCAUUUUGGUGUUUGGGAGUUAAGAUUCCCUUCUUCUCGAGCUGUAGACGAAGACGACGACGAAGAAGAUGAAAUAACAGAAGAAAAGGAACGACAAAUAUCUCCUUUGAUCCUUUGGUCCCCGAAAAUUACGGAAAGUUUAAAAGAUUGUCAAGAAAAUGUUGUAAAAUGUUCAACUCUUGUUCUUGGAUUUGACAAAGUUGCUUCAACUUUUUUGGAGGCGCAUUUCCUUUGUGGAAGUAAUAGUGAAAUAAUCGGUGCGGUGUCAAGAAAAGACAACGAAAAAGACUUUAGUUCUGUUGUUAAGUCGACGAAUGUAGAGAAAGUUUCGUUUCUAUACCGUUUGAAAAAGAAUGACGAUGUCAUUUUCUGUAAGUGUCCUUCGCACGUGGAAGAAAAUGUCGCAUUUUUAUGGUCGAGAAAGGUUUUUGAUAAUGUGAGGCCUUCAAAAGUCAUUAUCCUAUCAUCAGCCCCAGCAUGUGAGUACAGUACUUCAGAUCCUUCAAAUCUCAAGUCAGACUUUGUCAAGAUGUUACACACAACAGCUUGGAACAAAUCAAAUGAGAAAACUGACAUUGGAUUUGUUGAAACGCCGAAUACAAUAAGAGGAGUUGCUGCUGCUGUUCUUAACCACUGCCAAGUCUACAAUGUACCAGCAGCUCUGUACGUUUGUUACGCUGCGUCACUACACCUAGAGGCACAAUCAGUAGAAACUUUCAGCAUUCUGCUUACCUCCAAAGAAUUCUCUGGUCUUAACAAGUCACCAAAAGAAGAGACAUCCAAGGUUCUAAAAGCUCUAGGGAUUGGAAAGACACACGACAAUUUAUACGUAUAGUCUCAAUUGUAGGGGGAGGGGAGGGAGAGAUUUUUGUCUCGAAAGUCUUGAGCUGUCUUUGGAAGUAAAUAGUAAGAGCUAGUUUUGUUGAUCUGAGAAAAGGCCAAAAUGAAUGAAAAAAUUAAACAAUAAACAGUAAUCUAUGGAUAUAAUUUAUUUAUAACAGAUUGUAGUUUAAUUAUUGCACGCUUCGGGAGAGAUAUUUUUUGUUUUUACAUCGUGUUAUUUAAAAAAAACAUUGUUUAGAUGAGAACUCUAGUAAAAUUGAAUUUACUGUGCCGACAUGAGCGGGACCACUUAAGUAAAGCUGACCAAUCAGAUAACAGUAAACUAGACAGAAAUUGAACUGAUAACAGCGUUAGCCAAUCAGAUUAUCACAUUCUCAUGCUCUUAUAAUAUCAAUGCACUAUCUGAUUGGCUCAUUAAAAAAUAUCGAACUAAAUGUCGCAAUAUGAUUGGUUAAUGAUACUGGUUUAUCAAAGUGGUCCCAGUUGCAGUAUCUGCACAGUAUCAAUAUUUUUAUACUGUAUACAAAAUUACUAUACACCACUCCCCUUCCCCUCCCCCCACAACACAAACAAAGCCCAGCUUUAUUCUGCCUCCUUCGCAUUGCACUUAUUAUUUACCAUUCUGAUAUCUCAUAGAAAUAGGAAAAUUGUAUCAAAUUUAUUAGUCUAUUCUUAUUCUUUGAAUCUUAGUUAAUUUUAGUAAUAAAUAGUUGGUUCA